CCGUGUGCCAGCCCUGCCUGUACUUUGGGGGAAGGCGGAGGAGGAUCGGGUCACGGCAGGUGGUAGCUCCGGGGUGAUUAAAGGAUUAGGCUGUACAAGCUUGCUUUCAGCCCGGUGGGUUAGCCCUGCCUUCCUGAAACUGACGCUUUCUGCCCUCUGCUGUAGCGUCUGUCCCAGCAGCCGAAGUGUCGGGUGGUCUAUGGAUGAAUAAGGAGUGAAAGCAGGAAGCAGUUGUCACAACUCGCCUGUCAAAAUCAAUUUACUAGUUUUUAAACUCAUUUAUUUGGAGCCCAACGUCCAGUUGCAGAUUAUGGCUCAUCGAAUUUCAAAAGAAGAAUUAGAUGAGCAGUUUGAAGAGUUUCUGAAAGAGUCUCUUUCAGAUGAUUCACUUGGAGAUUCAAAGAAAAAAUCGAGCGUUCUUGAGACCUUGGGUCAGCCCAGGAAAAAAGAAACGAAGAAAAAGGAUGCAGUGCCGUGGUGGAUAUCAGAGGAAGAUUCGGAUGAUGGUGAUUUUCAGACAAGAUUUGUUAAACUGAGGAAAGAGAAGAAAAUGAUGGAAAACCAUGCUGAAAUAGCAGGAAAUAGUGAACAAAAGAGUCCCCAUUCAGAUUCCCAAUCUGGAACGCGCAGAGCCAACGGCAGCUUUGUCAAGAUGCCAAACACUUCGCAGCCUGUGGAGGAAACGGGUGAGAAUAUCCACGUGGAAGAGAUACAGAAAAGUAAUGGGAUUGCUGUCUCCCAAAGUGGAGACAGCCUGGAGACAAAUGAUUCAGUCUUAGCUUCUGGGCCUAAUCAAAGUAUUUUGGGAGCUGGAUUGGAUACCUUGGAAGAACAAGAAGAAAAAGAGAUCUUCUUUGCCAAGCUUGAACGAGAAGCUUCCUCUACUAUUGAUUAUUCAAGAUUAAAUAAAGAGCUGGAUUUCAAUGAUUCUGCAUUACUAGCACCAUUUGCACGAAAUGAAAAAAAUGAAAAAGGAGAAGAGGAAUCCGCACAUGAAGAGAAAUCUGGCAGCUACAGUGAUGAUUUUGAAGAAGAAGCAGAUGCUGAUCCUGCCUUUAAAACAGAAGAGAGUCAGGUGAAUCAAAACAUCCUAUCAGGAGUUGAUUUAAGUCAUCAAGAACAGGAAGAAGCAAAUGCUGGCAUGCUGGCUAAAGUUGUAUUACUUGAUUCACAAGAUUCAACUACAGAACUUCAAAAGGCCUUUGAAACGUCAGAUGUAGCUUUAGGUGAACAUCAGCUGCCUGAAGAAGUCAGUGGAACUGAAAUGAAUGAAGCAGGCACUUCCUAUGGGCAAACCACCAGCGACAUGGAAGCGUUACACCAAGCCUAUCAUCAGCUUGGUCAGUCCUUGGGGGACACCCAUGAGCAAAACCUGCACGAUUCUGCAGCAGCCAUCUCAGAGUGCUUAGUGCAAGGUGUUUCACAAAAUAACAACCUCUGCUCCAAAAAUAUGUCAACUAUUGAAUCGGACUUACCUACUGUGGAAGAAUUGAUGAAACCAAUUAAAGGACAUUCAUACAAUAUCAGAGGGGUCGAUGUGGAGCCCGAAAGUCCUGUGAAACUGGUAAGCAGCACAGCAAAUGACCUUAUCAGCCACUUGCCCUUUAAAGAGCACCAGAAUAGUAAGAUUUGGGAGACAAACUUAUUUGAAAAAAUUAACGGAGAAGAGAGCAUCUUUCUGGAGCCAGCUGUGAAUGAUGAUAAUUUCCAGAGGGUAACUGAGAAAGAAAUUCAAACCAGUGAGGUACAGCCUGAUGUGCCAAGAGAAAAAAUAGUACAAUACUCUCCAUUUUCACAAGAUGGCAAAGCUAAACAAGCUCCUCAGUCUUGUUCCUUGAAGAAUGAAAGAUCAGAAUCAAUGACAACUAAGAAUAUCAGAAGUCCAGCACCUCUACAUAAAAAGAAAUCUUCGUAUGGUCCUCACGGUGUGGUUAGAAGCUCUGGGUAUGGGAAACCCACUUCACUCCCAAAACAGUCUUUUCCAGCUAAUGAAAAGAGAGCACCAACAGAAACUUUCAAAAAGACCAGUGUGAAAGCCAAAAGCCCUGCAGAAAAAGCAAGAUCUAAAGACGCCUUAUCUGCUACAAGGGUAAUAAGACCUGCAACAAAUGAACCAGCUUCGAAGGGAAGCACUAAUAGGGUUAUGUCUGGCCAAUCAGUCGUUAAUAAUCUCGGGCACCAGGCUGUGGAUUAUUGCAGGCAGUAUCAACUUGAUUUAUCAUUUUCUCCUACCAGAAGUUGUGAUAGAGAGCUCUAUUUGCUAAAACGAGUGCAAGUUGCGGAGGAGGAUCUGAACGCGGCUCGUGAUCUGAUCCAACAGCUAACCAGCAGGGUUUCACAAAAGGAGAAGGAAAUAGAGACAAAGACAGUAGAAUUGAAAACACAGCAUGAAAAAGAGCUUUCUCGGUUGGGUCAGGAAAACUUUGUUCUUCAGAGUAAGUUAAGAAGUAUGGAAGAGCUGACCCAAGAAAAGAGAUGGAUCCAUCAUACAGCAACAAUUCCCAUCACUGAAGAAAAACUGGCACAAAUCAAAAAAGAAAUUGAAGAUCAAGAGGUCAUUAUUCAAGGUUAUCAGCAGGAAAACGAGAGGUUGUACAAACAAAUGAAAGAGCUACAGGUCCAAAACAAAAAAAAUGAGGAACGAAUGUUUAAGGAGAAUCAGUGUUUAAUGUCUGAAUUAAUAGCCUUAAGAGAAAAGAUAGAGAAGACUAAUAAUAUCCAGCCACGGAUCCUCCAGGAUUCUGAACCAGCCAGAAAUCACACUUUCACAGAAUUGAUUUCAGAGCUUCGAGCAGCACAGAAGGAAGAAACUAAAUUACAGGAAGAGAUAAGACGUCUCAAACAAGAUAAGCAAGCUCUUGAGGUAGACUUGGGACAAGCAAAGAAGGAGAGAGAUUUCGCCAAAAUCCAGAUUGCAUCCACAUCAGGUGAGAAGUCUUAUGAAUUUAAAGUCAUGGAAGAAUCUUACAAACAGGAAAUCGCUCAUUUGAAGAGAAGACUCCAGUGGUAUGCAGAAAAUCAAGAUCUUCUGGAUAAAGAUGCGGCCCGUCUUAAAGAUGCAAAAGAAGAAAUUGAGAAACUAAAACUAGAGGUUGAGAAGCUCAGAGCUGAAGCUGGAGAUGAGUGUGUGCAACAGAAGAAACGUUUGCGAGACAGAGCAGCAGAUGCUAAAAGAAUUCAGGAUCUUGAGCGACAAAUCAGAGAAAUGGAAGGAAUUCUAAAAAGAAGGUAUCCAAAUUCUUUGCCUGCUUUGAUUUAUGCUGCUGCUGCUGCUGAGAAAGCUAAUGAUCUUUCAGCUAAAACAGACACAGUGGAUUUUUUGGAGAAAAGAAUAAAAAAGUUAGAAAUGGAACUUGAAGGUAAAGAUGAUGAAGCUAAAAAAAGUCUCCGUGCCAUGGAACAACAAUUUCAAAAAAUAAAGAUGCAGUACGAGCAAAGACUUGUAGAGCUUGAGCAGCUGCUUGCCUACAAGUUUAUGAGUGAAUCGCCGAAACUGAACGGUGACAAAGUCACUUCUACAGAGCUUGAACAGGAGCUGCAGAAUCUAAAGACGACCCAUCAGAUCACCGUGGAAAACCUCCAGACAGAAAUUGAAAACCUUAGAAGUCAAAAUUCCCAAUUAAAACUCAGAAGUAAAAAGAAUAACAGAGACUUGGAGUCCACAGAGUCUCAAAUAAAACAGGGCAACACGAAAGAUAGACUGUUAAAACUAAAUGAAGAACUGAUCACCAAAAAUAGAGAAAUACAAGACCUUACAAAAACUGUAGAGAAACUUCAAAAAGAAAGGAUGAUGAUGUUGUCUGAUAAUAAUUUGAGAAAUAAAAUGGAUAACAAGGAAAACUCUACAGAGAUCCUGAAAAAGAAUACGUUAGCAGCAGAUAAGAGGAAUUCCAGCAACAGCGAGCCCUUUCUGAGCAUUUUCAAUGAUGACAAAAGGUACCAACCCCAGACCUUUUCUGAUUCUAAUCUCUCGGAAGUUCUGCAAGAAAAUGCACAGCUGAAAGAGGAGCUUGAAAGGUUGGCUCUAGAAAUGAACCAGCAGAGGGUGAAGUCUCAAGCAACACUGGCUUAUUCUGAAAAUAACAUACGGAGGAUGCAGGAAGACACAGCAGAGUACAUUGCAUCUCUGAAAGCUUCCCAUCAGAGGGAGGUGGAGAAGAUCCUUUGCCAGCACGCAAAGGAGCAUUCUGCUUCUAAAGUAGCUGAACUCAACAGCAGAAUUUCAACACAAGAGAUACUAAUAAAACAUCUCCAAGAACAAAUCAGUGAACAACAGAAACAUCAGGAAGCCCUUCUUGUUUCACAGAUGCGAGAGGAACUCCUACAAAAAGAGGUGACCAAAUUGUUGGAAGAACUGCGAGAGGCUAAAGAGAGCCAGAGUCCUGAAAUGAAACACUUUUUGGACCUGGAAAAGAAAAUCAGGCACAUCGAGAGCAGACAUGCAGCAAGAGAGCAAGAAAUUCAAAAGGUGGCCCGAGGGAGGGCGCAGGUUGCCGAGGGGGAGGCGGAGCGGUGGCGGAGACUGGCCCAGAGCAAGACCCGGGAGCUGGAGAGAUUCGGAGCGGAGCUGGACUCCAUCCUGGAGGUGUUACGGGAGCUGCAGAAACAAGGGGUGGUUAUUCCUGCCCCCAAUCCCGGGGGAUUCGGCACCACAGGCAGCUCCUGGAAGACGUGAUGGGGCUGAUGAGAAAAGCAGGAUUUUGAUAUUCAAAGGUACAAAUAGACAAUAUUUCUGAAAAUCGUUAAGGUAACACUCGGAAAUUGAAUUCCCUUUGGAUCUGAUCUGGAAUCUUGCUUGUCCAGAGGUAGGUUUGCACCGAGCGACACUGUACGGCUUGUUUCCCUAGAAAUAAAG